AUCCCCACCUCUCCUUGGGGUUCCACCAUGUCCUCCAACAUCGAUUAUGAAAAAGUAGUCCCAGCGAUGCUCGAGCUCACAGACUCGAUCAUAAAACUUCUUGAUAACACAAGCCACCGCGAGAUCCACGUCAAGAGCCUAAUCAGCGGGCUGAGAGCUUUGAUAAUCCGCGAACGCAAGACCAUUCAUCGACAAGGCAAAGUGAUCAUCGAGUUGAAGAAGCAAUUGGCAGAAGUCGAGGAGCAACUCAAUAUCCUACAAAGCCGUUUACGGAACAGAGUUGAUACGGAUUGGAAUUCUGGAGACAGUAUCCGUAUCAAGAAUGAAGAUGUUGAUGGUAAUGUCAAUGACGAUUCGAGUCCAGAAGAGAACGAUGAUGUUGAAUCUCUGGAUUCAGCUGCGGAAGUGACAACGGCAACAUUGUACGACUUACAGAGCAUAUACAUCCAGAUAGCAGAGCGCUAUGCAUCAGGCCUCAAGGUGGAUGAUAAGAUAAAGUCUGAAUGUUCGGAGGAGACUUGA